ACCAGGGACAAGCAACACCACGUCUGCGAUUGGCUGUGCUGUAGCUACUCGAUGUCCUCUCUUCAUGGAUGUCAUCGGUCUUGAAUCAUGUGUCGAGCCGCUCGAGGGUCUCCUCUCUGAGAGCGGCGCAUCUGUCCAACAGCCGUAUCUGGCGGAAGGGAUGUCCUUACCAUAGCUUUGCCCGGUCGACAACGGGGUUGGCUGCGAAACUCUUUCAUGGCGUUCUCCGCACCUCUCCGUCGGUUCGGCUGUUAAGCACCUUCGGGGCCGGGCCUGGAUUUGCACAGAACCAGCAAUUGGCGACUGAGUAUCUGGACAAACAAUGCGAUGAUACAUCCGGUGAGGACUGGUCUAAACUGCGCCUUCAGUCUCCGUUGAGCCAGUGCUAUAGUCCGUCGGAUGCGAGCGCAGACUAUGCGGACCCGAGGGUCAUAGAAGUUAAACAAUCAAAGGGAGCGUCGAGAGGGGAAGCUGCACGCACAGGAGAUGAUACAGGCUGUACCAAAAGAAUCGAGCAGGAGGCUGAGAAUGGUGAGAAAAGCAAAGUUCAUGGAGAAGGGGAAGGUCGAGGACAGAGAGCGGGCCAGUCCAACAGUGAAGAUGGUCGUCUUUCGAAACCUCUACAUUUGAGCAGACGCACCGGAUCAUUACCGAAUGAACAAGAAAAAAGUAAACGUUCACGGCCCCGGAAUCAACUGUCAGAACCACGCAGGCGAACCAAGGUGGCUGAUUCCGCAUUUGAGCCGACUCCUACCGAGUACCUAGUCGAUACCUUACAAAACGCGCACAAGUCCCAUGGCGCCCAAAGCCGCAGCUGGAUGUUUACCACAAGAGGCACUGGGAUCAUGGCUUCCUUGACCCAAAGACAAAGAGAUAAUUUCAAACAGUUCCACCGGCUUUCGUUGCAGGAAAUUGUCGCAGACUACAUAGAGUUGGUGGACCCCCUUUUGGAGCAAGCAAACUCUGGCGUGAUACCUGGUGCAGCAGAGUUAAACGAGGCCCUCCAACUAGCCUUUUGCGAAGAUCACCUCAAUUAUCUCGCGGCACGGCAAUACUCCGCCGCCGAUGUGGUGGCUUGGGCAUGGGUGCUCAAGAGCAGUACACCCUACGAGGCCAUCCUUCGAAUUUUACUCUUGGAAGCAGAAAGAAGUUCAGACAAAGACUGUUCGAUCAAGACGGUGCCUCCUUUCAUCCCGCUCCUUCUUUUGCGCCAGAGUCUUGAUACAAAGGCGUUCCGGCUGCUCUUGAUCUAUUCCCUGCACCUGAUGAGCGGCCAGGCUGUUCCGACCUCUGACAUCGCGAUGGAAGCGAUUGCCAACGGCGCAGUUUUUGACCGACCCCAGGUACCCGGCAAUACGAAGCCAUUGAUUGAGCCUAACAUGUGUGCAACUUAUGUGGUUCGCUUGCUCCAUCAUGCUCGCGAAUUGUGGCCACAAGCUCAGCUUACUAUUGCCCGCGCAUUUGCGUUUUAUCUGGAUAACCUUCAAUGUGGAGGCGAGGGCGGGACUGUUGCAACAGAGCGGAUCAACCAGUUUAUGGCCGACAAGUUCAACACUGUGCUCCGAAUCCUUUCGUUGCCCUGCAGACAUGGUCCGUUUACGUCCGCCUCCAUCCAGCAACAAGCGCAGUUCGAGCUCCUUCGCGCCAUGGCGCGACAUCGGCCUGCUUUGCCGGUCACGCGUCGCGGUUACCAGGGCAUCGUUGCGGUCCAAAUAGCCCACAAGAAGACUCCGGAGGAGCGGCAGUCCGCGGAACUGAGGGCCCCGUCAUGGCCGCCUUGGAAGGAAGACAAAAUCGGGUUCGACGUCAAGCGGGGUGUCGAGGGUAUGAAAAGCCGAGCGAUGCGGGUGCUUUCUCAAAUGAAGGAGGCAGGUUAUUCGCGGUCUCGUUGGGAAGAGAUGUCCAGUAUUCUAGCAGGCUGGGACACGGACAAAAGCCCAACGAUUCAAACGCGAUCGUUGAUGUCUCGCCCGGAGACGGCGCAUGGCCCUUCCGGAAACCCCAACCACACCAUCUGGGCAGCCCGGAUUCGGGCUACCAGGACGGUCCGAGAGGCCUGGGCAUGCUUCCUCUCCUAUCGCGACCAGGGUCUACCUCCACGCGGUACCAUAUACGCCGCCAUGGCCGAAAAAUUGAUCUUUCGGCAGAAGGCCGUCCGUCAUAGCUCUCAUCAACACAGCCAGGCAUUGCCGGGUGAUGGGAGGGAAGUCUUCCCCGAACCUUCGUCUGUCCGGGAUUGGAUCUAUGUCUCCACCGAGCCACCUCCAUUAGAGGAUCUUCUUCGCGAAAUGCUCUCACAGGGCAUCCGGCCGCGGGGUAGAUUCCUAGCUUUACUUCUGCGCAAUGCACCGACUUUCGGCUCGGGCUUGGACUAUCUUUGUUGCAGUGACUUGACAAAUGAGCAGUUGGAGGAACUAUGCACCGUCUCGGGGCCGAAACGCGGCGACCAGGCGCACAAGAGCAAGGUAUUAGACCGAUUGCCUGACUACCUCAUCUCUUCCUUCAUAACCUUCUUAUGCAACUUUUCUACCGUUGGGCAUCGUGGUCUGGUGCAAUCCGACAGUCGUGCUGGGGAUAUGUUUCCUAUACUACUAGGGCGUCAUUCGACGAAUUCUUCUUACACGGCUACGCUAUUUGCAUAUGCCGAAGAACUGAAGAGACGCGAGGAUCUUCGACAUCCCAAGAUCCUAGCGCAUGCUAUACACCUUCUUCAGCUCCGACAGUCGCGGUCUCCUCAAACGUGGAUCCAAGUCAUGUCGGCUCUGGCCCGGGACCGUGUUGGGUAUUCAUCCCAUAGGAUGGGACGCCACGCUCGAUUGGCCCUUUCCUGGUACGAACUCUUGGAGCUCGCCAGUUGGAUGGACCGGCGUCAGAUCGAGUUGAGCUUGGAGGGAUUCCAAAUUCUCUGCUCCAGCUUUUCACGGGUCGUAGUUGCAGGAGUCAAGCAUCCGGACUCGGUGGAAGACGGGCUUGCGAUCGUCAGCGACGUGGCGCGACGAGGGCGACUGAUCAGCUUCAAAGAUACUUCCACGCGCUUUGAAGAUAUGGUUCAGAGUGGGCUCAGCAUCCUCAAGACUCGGUUUGAUGAGCUUGUUUUUCUGGAUCCCAAGACCUCGUCCUUUUUUGAACGAAGCCGAACUUCGAUCCAGGAUGCCACCGGUUCUCAAGUGACCGUGCCAUCUCUAUUUCACGUCCCCUCACCUGCCGUGCUCCACGCGUUCGUGCGAGCGCUCGGGUUUGCUGAGGAUACGGACGGCCUGUUGAGUCUGCUCCGCUGGAUGCGGCAGUACGAACUCACGCUGAAGGAGAAGUAUGACGAGAACCUGAAUGGCGAGAGGAUGAUGCGGCAGAUCAUUGUCGCCGUCCGCAUGUUCUUCGAGGGGUACUGGGGCAGGUCACCCCCGGCUUCCCCCGGGUGGGAACCGGGCAUGGAGCCGACGCAUGAUCUGCAUGAGAACGGCGAAGCUGAGGGUUUGGACGAGGGAUCAACAUUCUCGGACGCCAGCCUGCAAGAGGCGUAUGACAUCAUCACCACCUCGCAGGUCUGGGGAUCGUGGCCGAGUGAUGAGGAGGUUUUGGAUUAUAUAGCUCACGGGGAGCAGGAGUCGCGCGGGGCCAGCGAUCGAUUCCGGCAUUCUGUACAUUAAUGUAAAUAGAACUGUAACAUUAUACAUAGGUGAAUAGAGCAUUGCAC